AUGUUUAUCUCUCUCUCUCUCUCUCUCUCUCUCUCUCUCUCUCUCUCUCUCUCUCUCUCUAUCUAUCUAUCUAUCUAUCUAUCUAUCUCGCUAAUUUACUCACUCUUGCACUCGCUUUCUCAUUCUCUCGUUCUCUCUUCGUUUAUCAAUGGAUUUAUUUCUGUCUUUCAAUUUUUCUUUUCCUUUCAGUCUUUUUAUCUUCCAAUCCGUCCACAUCGAUUUUUCUGCCUUUCAGAAAGAAUUGUCCUUCUCUUUUUCCCUUCAUUUUCCUUUGUUUUCUUGUUUCUUUUUCUUUCUAUUUUACUUUUUGAGAGUUUGUUUCCCGUCUUUCUUAUUUUCUUCACGACUUCACCAAAGGAUUCAAUCAUUUGUUCUUUUAUAGCUCUGUACCUACAAUAUCUCUCUCGCUUUAUCUCUAUCUCACCCACUCACAUACAUAAACACACAUACACAUGCGCACUAUCUAUCUAUCUAUCUAUCUAUCUAUCUAUCUAUCUAUCUAUCACAGCUAAUCUCAAUAUGUUCGUAUCUUCCUAUUUUUCAAUCUUCUCUCUUUUUAUCUUCUUAUCCAUCUAUAUGAACUCACUGAUUAUCUAUCAGUUCUUAUUGAUCCCUGUCUGUUCUUAUUUCUCUCUGUUUAUGUCUGUUUCUCAAUCGAUUGAUCGAUCGAUCGAUCUAUUUCUCUCUCUAUCUCUGUCUAUUCUAUUUUCCUUUGGUCACAAUCCCUCCUCUUUCUUUCUCUCUCUUUCUCUCUCUCUCUCCACGUCUUUCUCUCUCUCCCUUCCUCCAUCCGUCCCUACAUCUAUCUCUUUUCCAUCUCUAUCUCUCUUUAUUUCUACCUCGCUUCCCAUUUUUCUUGCGCUUUCUACUUUAAUAUCUGCAUCAGUCUGUUCACAUUUAUCGACCUGUACAUAUCUAUCUAUCUAUCUAUCUAUCUAUCUAUCUAUCUAUCUAUCUAUCUAUCUAAGUCUUUCUAUAUCUAUCUAUUUGCCUAAUCUUUCUAUAUCUAUCUAUUUGCCUAAGUCUGUUCAUAUCUAUCUAUCUAUCUAUCUAUCUAUCUAUCUAUCUAUCUAUGUGUCUCAGUUUAUAUCUAUUUCCCUAUUCUUUCCAACUUUCUGCCUCUCUCCACCCACUUUCUCUCUGUGUAUGUGGGCGCGCGCGAAUGUGUUGACUGUCUGUAUCUCUCUGUUUUCUCUUCUUUCUCAUUCGCUUAUUCACCUCUCUUUCUUAGAGUCUCUUACUAUUUCUUUCCCUCACUCAACAAGGCCCGACGAACGAGCGACUCACUCCAACUAA